CGGCGUGAGGGCGGGUUGUGACUGGCGCCCGGACCUACUCGAGCGACUCGGGGAGAGCGGCUGUCCGGACGUCGGUGGAGCAGCAGGUGAGGAAGAAGAUGAGCCUUAAGUCUGAACGCCGAGGAAUUCAUGUGGAUCAAUCAGAGCUCCUAUGCAAGAAAGGAUGUGGUUAUUACGGCAACCCUGCUUGGCAGGGUUUCUGCUCCAAGUGCUGGAGGGAGGAGUACCACAAAGCCAGGCAGAAGCAGAUUCAGGAGGAUUGGGAACUAGCAGAGCGACUACAGCGGGAGGAAGAAGAGGCGUUUGCCAGCAGUCAGAGCAGCCAAGGGGCCCAAUCCCUCACAUUUUCCAAGUUUGAAGAAAAGAAAACCAAUGAGAAGACCCGCAAGGUUACCACAGUGAAGAAAUUCUUCAGUGCUUCAUCCAGGGUUGGAUCAAAGAAGGCAGAAAUUCAGGAACCAAAAGCUCCCAGUCCUUCUAUAAACCGGCAAACCAGCAUUGAAACGGAUAGAGUGUCUAAAGAGUUCAUAGAAUUUCUCAAGACCUUCCACAAGACAGGCCAAGAAGUCUAUAAGCAGACCAAGCUGUUUUUGGAAACAAUGCAUUACAAAAGGGAUUUAAGCAUUGAGGAACAGUCAGAGUGUACUCAGGAUUUUUACCAGAAUGUGGCUGAGAGAAUGCAGACUCGUGGAAAAGUGCCUCCAGAAAGAGUUGAGAAGAUAAUGGAUCAGAUUGAAAAGUACAUCAUGACUCGUCUCUAUAAAUAUGUGUUCUGUCCAGAAACUACUGAUGAUGAGAAGAAAGAUCUUGCUAUUCAAAAAAGGAUCAGAGCCCUGCACUGGGUUACACCUCAGAUGCUUUGUGUCCCUGUUAAUGAAGAAAUUCCAGAGGUGUCUGAUAUGGUGGUGAAAGCAAUUACAGAUAUCAUUGAAAUGGAUUCGAAGCGUGUGCCCCGGGAUAAGUUGGCCUGCAUCACCAAGUGCAGCAAGCACAUCUUCAAUGCCAUCAAGAUCACCAAGAACGAGCCAGCUUCAGCUGAUGACUUCUUACCCACUCUCAUCUACAUUGUUUUGAAGGGCAACCCCCCACGCCUUCAGUCCAAUAUCCAGUACAUCACCCGCUUCUGCAACCCAAGCCGACUGAUGACUGGAGAGGAUGGCUACUAUUUCACCAACCUGGUGGAGCUGAUCAGAAUAAUGUUCAACAUCAACCCCCUGGAGAACCUGAAGGUGUAUAUCAGCAGCCGGCCCCCCUUGGUGGUCUUUAUGAUCAGUGUAAGCGCCAUGGCAAUAGCUUUCCUGACCUUGGGCUAUUUCUUCAAAAUCAAGGAGAUUAAGUCACCAGAAAUGGCAGAGGAUUGGAAUACUUUUCUGCUGCGGUUUAAUGAUUUGGACUUGUGCGUAUCAGAGAAUGAAACACUAAAGCAUCUCACAAACGACACCACAGCUCUGGAAAGCACAGUGACCAGUGGCCAGGCCAGGAUGUCCACCCAGUCCCCACAGUCCCUGGAGGAUUCAGGCCCAGUGAACAUCUCAGUUGCAAUCACCCUAACCCUGGACCCACUCAAACCCUUUGGCGGGUACUCUCGCAACGUCACCCAUCUGUACUCGACGGUUCUCGGGCAUCAGAUUGGACUCUCAGGCAGAGAAGCCCACGAGGAGAUAAACAUUACCUUUACCCUGCCCACAGCCUGGAGCUCGGACGACUGCGCCCUUCACGGCCACUGUGAGCAGGUGGUGUUCACAGCCUGCAUGACCCUCACAGCCCACCCUGGUGUGUUCCCCGUCACCGUACAGCCGCCGCACUGUACUCCUGACACGUACAGCAACGCCACGCUCUGGUACAAGAUCUUCACAACUGCCAGAGAUGCCAACACAAAAUAUGCUCAAGACUACAAUCCUUUCUGGUGUUACAAGGGGGCCAUUGGAAAAGUCUAUCAUGCUUUAAAUCCCAAGCUUACAGUUAUUGUUCCAGAUGAUGACCGCUCAUUAAUAAACUUGCACCUCAUGCACACCAGUUACUUCCUCUUCGUGAUGGUGAUAACGAUGUUUUGCUAUGCGGUUAUCAAGGGCAGACCCAGCAAACUGCGUCAGAGCAAUCCUGAAUUUUGUCCUGAGAAGGUGGCUUUGGCUGAUGCCUAAUCCCACAGCUGCCAUUUUCUGAGAGAGACAGAGAACCAUAAUCAUUGCCUGCUGAACCCAGCCUGGGCCUGGACACUCUGUGAAUACAUUAUCUUGCAAUGUUGGGUUAUUCCAGCCAAAGACAUUUCAAGUGCCUGUAACUGAUUUGUAUAUAUUUAUAAAAAAUCUGUUCAGAAAUUGGUCCAAUGAUGCACGUGCUUCGCACUGGGCGCCGCCAGAACCCUUCAGCCUCACCUGCAGACUUGGCAGGAUGAUCCUGAGUAGCGCCGGAGAGGAUUCGUGACCUCGCCGUCGGAGCAGGCCAUGAUGUCUUUCCCAGGGUCCCAGAGGCGCUUCACUGCUGGUGGGGUUGAGGUUUGCUUUGGUUCUUGUUUCAGCCCGAUCUGUACAGAAUGUUCGAAACAGUCUGCACCUUUGAUACGAUACUGCAUUUCCAAAGCCACCCCAAUCCAUUUUGUGGAUUUUAUGUGUCUGUGGCUUAAUAAUUAUAGUAACAACAGUAAUACCUUUUUCUCCAUUUUGCUUGCAAGGAAACAUACCUAUCUUUCUAAGUUGUUUUUUCCUUUGAAGAAAAAAUAGUCACAUUUUAAUACUACUCUAAUUAAGACAGAUUUGUGCUUUUAUCUUGAGUAAAAAGUUAAAUAUUUAAAAGUCACCUACAUGGUACAUAUUUAAGUUUCAUUUUCCACGUGGGCAGUGAGGAAUUUGGUCUUGUUUGAGUUGAGUUGGCACAGAGUGUUCCACUGUCUUUUUCUUCUCUGUUGUCCCUUCCCUCCAUUAUAAAAGUUAAAACAGCUUCCUCACUCAAAAGGGCUUAAAAAUGAAGUACACACGGCUCUGGAGUGAAAACGAGCUGUUCUCUUCUGGAAUGCAGAUGACAGUAUGGAAAGAGAGGGUGAUGAGUCGGUCUAAUAGUUAUAACAGGGUUUCUUGUUUUCUUUGAAGAGGGAGUGGGUUGUCGUUCCUGGGUGUUUUUUGUUUUUUUUGCAUUUAUUUUUAUGCAAUUAACAUUCUCAGAAGGAAAUGGCAACCAGUGGUAGAUCAGUAACAUUAAGAAAACGAUGCCUGUGAAAUUUGAAGGCAAGCAAUUCUGAUUUGCCAUUUAUCGGGAAAACCAAAAGCAUUUUUCUUUCCUAUAACAUUUUGAUGAUCUAAUUCCUUUAUCCCUGUUUUCCUUCCAAACCAUCUUCAUUUGAAAACAGUUGUGCAUCUGUUCCAGCUCUUUCUUGUUACUUGUAUUCUUACCAUUUUUCUUUUUCUUAAUAGCUUUUUGCCUUAACUCAUAGCCAUUAAUGACCUCUGUGUCCUCCCAAGCCGUGUUCUAGCAGACAGGCAGCUAAAACCUUGGGCACGACUGCCAGCUCUUCUGUCUCUUAACUCCAGGUCUGUACUCUGUUCUAAGUUAGAGCCAGCCCUGCACUCUGAAAUACAUUGGCCUAGAACAUUUUAUCCCAGGCUUUUUGUGUUUUCUUUUAAUAUCCAGGCAUUCUUAAAUGGAAAACAUUUGUGGGCUUUUACUGAAGGUUGUUAUUAAAAUAAUCAUCGUAGUAACCUGAUAUGUUAAUCCUUUGUUUCCUUUUAGUACGUUUCAAGCGCAGUAAUCAUACUUGUCUAUCCAGUUUUUUUAUGAUAUGAGUUGCUUACAUGAUGCAUGGCUAACCGGUUAAUUUAGUUUUCUCUUUAGAGACUUUGAGACAAGAUUGAGAAAGAGCCAUUUGGCUUGGCCUAUUAGAAACAUCAGUAUCACUAAGACCAACAGAUUUUAGAGGAAGCUGCUACUGAAUUAAUAAAAUCCCAAUGAAGUAGCGUUACAGGAAUAGAUUUAGAACUGGCAGAGUAAUAUAAAAGGAAGACAGGUGAAAAAAGUCAGUGUCACUGGUUUGUUCAAUCCAACUUGUUGCUAACAUUAAUGGCCCUUGUUUUAAUCACAGGGACUGGCUGGCAUCUGUAGCCAGGGGAGCAGGGACACUGUUAGGCAUGAGGAAAGGAAGUGCCAAAAAUGCCUGGAUGGUACGACUUGUCAUGAGGUCAGGUCACUCACUUUAAAAUCCAGCAUUCUCCCACGCAGGUGAUUCUCAGAGAUCUUCCGGAAACCCAGCGUCAGCCAGGUGUACAAAGGGAGGAGGGGAGCCCAUGGGGCCUGGGCCCACUGACCCUCAGCAAGUCCAGAGGACCUGUUACUAUCUGGGCACUAGCAGACAAGGCCUCGUCCUCUGCUGUCUCUUGCUGGGGGGGCCUCAGGAUGAGAAGAGUGUCACAGACAGGGCCUGUCUGCCAUUCAGGGGUGACCCCGUGCAGGCACACUGGCUCAUCCUCAGGCAUCUUGGACCAGAGUCCAAUAAAAGGUCAGCAACUUACUAUUAAAAUGGUUGUUUCAGAUCAUAUUGAUCUCUUUCCUUUUUCCUUUUGUCCUUUCACUGUAUGACUUGAAUCAGUUUUGAUUCUAUCUGUAAGUUUUUCUCGUCAUUAGGAACCUGCCACUUCGGUUGCGUUUUCUUUGGCAGUACGUAGGGAUUCAGCAUCCUAGUUUUUCAACCCUCCUGCAGGCACUGUGGGGUUUCGAGGGCCAGCGAAUCCAUUUCACUUACCUUGCUGCAUGAUGGUCAGUAGCUGAUCUGUUACGGCAUUCACUCCCAGAUUAAUUUUCUGUGUUUGAAAUAAGUGCACAUGUGCUUUCCAGAAUAAAAAAUCUGAAUUUGCUGUG